AUGGAGAGAAAAAGCUUCCUCGAUCAAGAGCCGCCGCCCGGGUAUAUUGCCGGUAUAGGCCGUGGAGCCACUGGAUUUACUACACAGGCUGAUCUGGGGAGCUCUCGACGGCUUCCUGCGGGCUCAUUCGCACCGGAGGACGACAACAACGAAGUCGACGAAGAGAGGUUUCUAGACGCAGACAACGACGACACUGGCCGGUUCGGUAGUGUCGGUGACGACGACGAUGACGCAGACCGGAUAUACGAUGAGAUUGAGGCCAAGCUUCAAAGGAAAAAGGCGAGGCCCAGAAAAAGAGCGUUGAAGGACGCUCUAGAGGACGAAAACAAGGUCCACGUCCAGGAAAUCAGUAUUGGCCAGUCCAUCCGCACAAUCGGGGAGGAGUUCAAGGAGUACAAGGAGAAACUCUCUGAGGUGUCCGCCGAGGACUGGCUGAAUCUCCCGGACUCUGGGGAUUUUACAAAACGGAAUAAAAGAGCACGCAAAGAGAUGCAGGAGCGCCAAAGAUUUUACAGAAACUCGGAUCUGGUGACCAGCGGGCUGCGUGAUGCGGGCAGCACAGGUGACAAGGCUCUUUUGGACGAGAAGGACGUGGACCUGACGGGGCUUUCUCUUGCCAAGGAGAAAGUGCUGGCUGGACAGCUGACCAGUCUUCAGGACGACAAGGCCGUGUCUGUAGACGCAGAGACUUAUUUGAGCCAGCUGCAAGAGGUUUCCGGUGAGAUCAGCACGGAAAUUGGAGACUAUCAUAAAACGCGGACGCUUUUCGCCAAGAUGCGAGAAACCAAUCCGUAUAAACCAGACGCAUGGAUAGCCAGUGCGCGGCUGGAGUACGAGGCGAAAAAGUAUAAGCGCGCGCGGGAACUGAUCCAGCAGGGCUGCGAGAAGUGUCCUAGGUCCGAGGAGGCGUGGCUGGUGAACAUCGAGAUGAACAAACAGGACGUUUCUGUGUGCAAGGUGAUCAUUGCCGAGGCUGUGCGAUACAACGCCAAGUCGGUGCGCUUGUGGCUCUGUGCUGCUUCUUUGGAAGCGGACAGUGUGUCCAAGAAGCGGAUUCUACGAAAAGCUCUCGAGUUCCUGCCACGGAGCAGCGAGCUGUGGCUGGAGGUGGUGAAGUAUGAGGACGACGAGACCAUGGCGCUGCGGAUGCUGCAGAAAGCGACAGAAUUGGUUCCUGGCAACGUUCCGUUGUGGCUUGAGUACGCAAAGCGCGGCAACACUAAGCAGAUCCUUGAGCAGGCUCUGGAAAAAGUCGACUCUGUCGAUGCGCACACUGUCUGGAUAGAAAUGGCCAAGGACGAGGAGCAGAGAACUGGCAACGAGGUUAAGAUUGGCCGCAUUGUUGAGUCUUGCUUUGAGCACACGUCUCUAGACAGAGAGACGUGGUUGGAUAUUGCGUCGCAGUGCGAGAAAGACGGGUUUUUGCUGGUAGCCAGAGCCAUUGUGUUCAACAGCAUGAAUUUGGGCGUUUCUGACGACGACAAGCUUGAUAUCUGGAAAGCGGAUGCUCUGGAAAGAUCGCCUGAGAUCUCCCGAUCGAUAUACAUGUUCAUCACGGCAAACUUUCCAGACGAUAUUGAGAGCUGGAUGGAUUUUAUCAAGAUGGAGAAAUCACUCAGACAACACGACCAGCUCUAUGUUGUCUAUGAGAUGGCCAGGCACGCAAACCCAAAAUACGAGCUGUUCUAUCUGAUGUAUGCUAAAGACAGGUGGAAAGAGGAUGGUGACGUUGAGAAAGCCAAGGAAAUCAUUGCAGAGGGGCUGGAGAUGAACCCAGAAUCCGAAGAUCUCUGGUUUGCGGCACUCAAGCUGCGGUCUGGAGAAGAGGCGAGACAGCUGUUUGUCAAGUGCAGAGAGCAGCUCGGCAAGAAGACAGCUCGGGUGUGGUACAAAAACGUCACUUUUGAGAGACAGGACGAGAAUCGGGCAGAGGCCAAGAAACUUGCCGAGCAGGGCAUCCAGCACCAUCCGAAAGAGUUCAAAUUGUACCUGCAAUGGGGCCAGAUUUUGGAGGAGGAAAAUGAGCUGGCAGCGGCUGCAGAAAUAUACCACAAAGGAACGCUGAUGUGUCCAAAUAGCCCGCUCCUCUGGGUCCAUCUCGUGCGAGCAUACGAAAAGCUAGGCAAUCUGAUCAAGGCGCGCUCGAUUCUGGACCAGGCGGUGAUUUCGAAUCCGUUCAGUGACCGGAUCCAGCUCGAACGUGUGCUGCUCGAAGAACGAGCACACAAUCGGUCUCAGGCCGAGCGCAUCCUGGCCACUGCUCUCAAAAAGCUUCCCAACUCUGCGCUGCUGUGGCGUCAAAACAUCCUGUAUGCCAAACAGUCGCACCGCAAAAACUUGUACACCACGGCUCUAAACUCCACUAACGACCACCCGAUGAUCAUUCUCACUAUUGCCAAAGAUAUGUGGCUUUCCGGCAAAGUUUCACGCGCGAAGCAGUUUUUCGACGCCUGCUACGAUAAAGACGCCGGUUAUGGCGACUAUUACAUCCAGUACUAUGCAUUUUUGAUGAAACAUGGCACGAAGGGUGAAAUUCAGGAGCUCGAGGCUCGCUUCAAGGAAAACGAUCCUCAUCUCGGCGAGGAGUGGUGUGCCUUGAUAAAAGACGUUCAUAGGAAGGACACCGACCUGGAAUUGUUGAGAAAGGCGGCGGAGAAGGCAGCAGGGAAGCAAUGA